GAGCGGCCAAUGGCGGCGGAGCGGGCGGGGCAGCGCCGGGUCAGGGGUGAUCCUGGGAUGGUGGCCCGGGAAUGGUGUCCAGCCCGCGCCCAGCCCGGAGCCCGCCGCACGGCAGACACCCGCCCGAGGGAGACCACAAUGGCCCAAAGGACGUUUAGAGCACAUUUGCUAUUCUGCUUUGCUAUGGCUGCAUUCUUCAUCUCUGCCCUAGCUGAGGAACACGUAGGAGAGAGUCAACAUCCAAAUAUUCGCCUUGAUAAGAACUUGGUGCAAGAUAAAGAACACAUCAUGGAGCACUUGGAAGGUGUUAUCGAGAAACCAGAAUCUGAGAUGUCUCCACAAGAGUUACAGCUCCAUUACUUCAAAAUGCAUGAUUAUGAUGGCAAUAAUUUGCUAGAUGGGUUAGAACUUGCUACUGCUAUCUCACAUGUCCACAAAGAGGAAGGUGGUGAGCAUACCCAAGCAAUGAAGGAGGAAGAGCUAAUUAGCCUAAUAGAUGAUGUCUUGAGAGAUGAUGACAAGAACAAUGACGGAUACAUUGACUAUGCAGAAUUUGCAAAAUCACUUGAAUAAGGGUUUGUUUCUCCUUCUAACCACAUGAAAAUGUGAACCGGUAUAAUGUGAUUCAUUAUUGUCUCGUAUCAACCUGUGUGCUGUGAGAAGGAGAGGUGUACCAGUUCCAGCUGAAUUUAUUUGAAAGUUGUAUGUGUCAAGAGUUUCGCUAACUUGGAGUGAGAGCCAUGUUUGACU